AUGUUCUCAUCAAGUCUCCGCACCCACGCCCCAUGGGCCCCCAUCAUCCCAUCGCUCCUCCAAAACAACAUCAUCGAGUCCCGCACCCUCGCGCACACCACCACAGCCGACAUCACAUUCGCCGGCGGGCUCGCAGUGCUCCUCACCACCGACGACGACGACCCCACAGCCACAGCCAGGAGGGUCGAAAGGGCGCUACAAACAGCGGCCACGGCAGUGGUGGUGGUGUUCUUGGGGACGGGCGUGUGGGGGUUUCAGCUGCUGCUUGAUCAGACGUUUAGGGAGACGGUGUAUGUGGUGCCGCUCUUUGCGGUGGUGGAUCUGCCGGGGGUACUGGCGGGGCUGGUGGAGGGGUAUUCUGCGGUGCCGCUGCCGGUGGGGCGACAGGAUGGAUGGACGCCUGCGAGGAUGCUGUCGCUGAUGGCGGUGGAUGGGGGGUUGUUGUCGGUGCAUUCGACGCUGGUGCUGCACUCGAUGUUUUCGUCGCUGAGGGAGCUGGCGAUGGGGGCGGGUGUGGAGGUGCUGGAGGUGCUGGAGGGCGGGGAGGGGAGGGGGGUGGUGGAGUUCUUGGAGGUGGAGUUUGUGGUUGGUGGGUAG